AUGGCGCACAUUUCCAGCGUAACAAUGGUAAGCCACGGCACAAUAAGAGAUUACCCUGGUGUUUCUAUAACCGGGUGCGGAGUCGCACAUAUGGGCCAUAAACUAGAGGAGGGGUGUUUCAGUUGGCACACCAGUAACGGGGCGUUGGCUAACGUACGCCGGGGUCGGCCCGCGGCUCCCGGAGAAGUGCCGUGGAUUGUAUACAUUACGGGCACACAAAACGGAGUCAAUUUCUCAGCGUCCGGGACCAUAUUCAAUGAGCGCUGGAUUAUAACGGCUGGUCAAAAUACAUUUUGCGGGCUACGUUGCACCGUGGCCAAUCUGCGCAUCUACCCUAGCGCGUUUAGCAGCAAACACUUGGAGCACACGCAAUAUUACGAGGCAAAGGAUACACACGUGCACCCCAUGUUUGAAACGUCCGACAAGGCUAACAAGGAGUAUGACAUCGGGCCAAUCGAGCUGAACACGGCUAUGGUGUUUGAUCAGGAAACCAUGACUCUGGCCAGACCCGUGUGUCUGCCCGAAAUGAACCAGAUUAAUCGCGAUGGUCAGUACGCCUUGUUCGCCGGUUAUGGCAAUGUUGAUGGACUGCCCAUGGUUGGUUGGACAAAGAUUAAGCCCUUUAAACCUGGUAAGGGUCGGUCUAUAGUGGCCACCCGGUAUCCAUCGCAGGCCGGAGAGUUCAAAUGCGAGUUUGAUAGUGCCAUAAACCAUUCUGUAUAUUUUGACAAUACUUGCGAACACUCCUGUCUAUUAUCCCAAACAGGUUGCAAGGCCAAAAUCACCAAGUUUAAUAAAUCGACCUUGGCCAACUCGCUGACCGCAGCCAACCUGGCCCUCACUAUUACUGCCCCACCCGUGCACUCGGCCAUCGCUAGUGAGCACCAGUACAUGAUCGUGCCCUAG